UUGAGAUGGGUUGGGGGAGGAGGAGGGGUAGAGAGGGGGGGGGGUUAGAAGGAGUAGGAGGAGAUAAAGGUGGUAAAGGUGGUAGAGGAGCUAGAGGAGGAGAUUUAACGUCGCCUCGAGUUGAAAUGACAAAAAAAGUCGGCGUGAUUCAUCGAAGGAGCCCACGUACGGUCGGUGAACGUUAGCGAACGAAAAUCGAGUGUUAAGAUGCGUCUCUUAAGGAGUUAAAGGAAGAUCCUUAAAAAAAAGGCGCGUGAGUAAAGCAGCCGCCGGUAUGACCCUUUCAUCGUGGCCGCUUCGCUUAUUAUGGAUUUCGCGGGCCCCGGUAGCACCUUUUGUGAACUCAUCGUUGGUCCGACGUGGUGUCGAUAAAAAAUUUAAAUAAAAUCGAUGAUGGUCCGCUCGCUCGUUUGCUCGCACGUACGUACGCAUGCAGGCAAGCAUGCGAGCAAGCAAGUAUGCAAGCAUGUAUGCAAGCAUGCAAGCAUGCAAGCAUGCAAGCAUGGACGCACGCAUACGCCUCCAAGCUUUUAUACUGCAGCAUAUACUCCAUGUGUAAUAUUAUAACGUGAAAAUUAAACGCGUGCUCGCGAUGUUUAUCGUUUCACUCUCUCUCUCUCUCUCUCUCUCUCUCUCUCUCUCUCUCUCUCUCUCUCUCUCUCUCUCUCUCUCUCUAUUUAUCUCUAUCUCUUUCUACAUGCCCUUAAAAUAUAUAUACUCUGUAUUUACAGUGUGACCAUGUGUAUGUACGUACGUAUGAGUUAAAUAAACGUACGGGUGUGUCCACAUAGUUUCAUCAUCGUAGCCAUAACGAAGUUUAUACCGGUACACGUUGCAUCGAUUAUGAACCAGCGAGAUCGGUAAAAACGAGAACGUUUCCGCUUUUCGUGUGAUACGUAUUUGAUAAUUUAAUAGGAAACGAACGGUGGCGGCGGCGAUGGCGGAGUCCGGAUUCAUGGUGGAGGGGAGGGGAGUACGCGGGGAUGACUAGCGUAGGACAAUGGUCACGAUUUCAACGUAAACUCGUUGGAACUCGUAUUAUCGAGACGAGUGUGAGGGAAUCUUCCUGUCUUUCUCUCUUUUUUUUUUUUUUUUUAUUUUGUUUUGUUUUGUUUUGUUUAUUUGUUUGUUUCGUUAUGUUUUAUUUUUUAAUUUCCUUCCUUCCUCUCCCUCUUCCUCCCUCCCUCCCCCCCCCCCCCUCUCUCUCUCUCUCUUUUCUCUCUCUCUUUUUUUUUUAUUGCCUUUCAUUUUCCACAACUGUUCGUUGCAAAACUUUCGGAAACGGCUCUAGUUUUUUCUAUUUUUUAUUUUUUUAUUCUUUUUUUAUAUAUAUAUAUAUAUUUUUUUUUGUUAUCUUUUUUUUUCGAUUGGAUUUCGUAAUAACGUUCCAAGUGAUUCAAUAAUCGUUCGGUUCAGUGAAUUUGACCGAAAUUUCGUUCUCCGCACGUGGUUUUCCUUUUUUGAAUACAUCUAUAUCUUGAUUACAUUAAUUUUACUGAAAUAAAAAAAAAAAAAAAAAAAAAAAAGAAAAAAAGCGAAACCGAAGGAGAACGAAACUCACUUUGCCUCUUCACCCCUCGAUAAAAAAGAAAAAAACAAAAAAAAAAAACGAAUAAAAAAGAAAGAAAGAAAAAUACGGCACUAUAAAAUAUCCUUUGAAUAUUGCGCGAGUAAUAAUAAUUGCACCAUUUGUCAUCCAGUUUCACGGUUUUAACGAUCGUAUUUACCAAGAGAUACAGAUACCCAUGGGAAUAAUCGAUAAUUCUUUUUCAUUAAUGCAUUUUGGAUCCAUUUUGGAAUAUUGUAAAGGUGAUUGCGAAAUUCCAACGUGCAUUUGUUUUCAAAGUACAAUUCCAGCGAAAGAGGGUGACAGAGAGGAAGAGGGAGAAGGAGAGAGAGAGAGAAAGAGAGAGAGAGAACUUCGAUUAUUAUCGUUUCAAUAUCGAAAUAUCGAAAAUAUCGAUUGGAUUAGCUAAUUAUUUGUAUACCCAAUGGUUUUAGUUGUUUUACCACCUGUGAAAUAACGCAAUCGCAAAAGUUUUCUCCGGUUGAUAGGGAAACAUUCGUGGUAGCGUUAAAAAAGGAAGGGAUUAAAACGAACACGUAGCUGGAAAAACAGAACGGUGGUUGAUUCCCUUUCUCUCAUCCUCUUGUUGGCAAAAGAGAGAUAAAUGAGAGAUUGAAUGAGAGAGAGAGAGAGAGAGAGAGAGAAACGAGGAAAAAAGAAAGGGAUGAAGAGAAACGCAAACGAGGAAUUUCGGGGGUGGGAAAGGGAGGUUGGGAGGGUGAGAGAGAGAGAGAGAGAGAGAAAGCGUUACAAGCGGGCCGUACACCGUCGAUGGACUCUUUAACACGUCGACGACUGUGCAAACAUUGAUAAUUACACCGGCAAUUAAUUCCGAUGCGGUUGAUUCGAAUUUACAGGAAUGGCGACAUACGAGGAAAGCGUGAACGUACGUAGAGAGAAGUUACGGGAUCUGAUAUCGAGAGAGCAGAGAGAGUUGACGCGGGAAAUUGUCGAGCAAGCUCAACACGGCGAGGAUACGAGGAUGGAGGAAAUGAAGGAGGAAACGGAACGACUGAGGAAGCAACAAGAGGAACACCGUUUGGCAUUGCUAGCAUCUAAACGAAUGCAACAGUACAUUGCACGUUGUCCUGAGGUGAGGAACGAAUUAACGAAGAGAAGCACGAAAGAGGUGAAGAUAUGUAACUUAGUUCAAAUGGCCGAGAACAAGGCAAAGAGAGAGCUCGAGGAUGAAUUGGAGAGGCUUUGGCACGAGUUGAUGUUAAGAGAGGUAAAGGCAAAAGAGGAUAGAGAGGUCGAGGAAGCGAAAAAGCGACUACAUCUGAAAAGGGAAUCUUUGAGGACUUUGGCCAAACAGUUGGCCGGUAAGUUGGCCUCGGAGGAAGAAGUAAAACGAGUUAAGAAAGAGGAAAGGGAAUAUCUCGAAGGAUUGUGGGAAAACGUUAGAAAAGAGGAGAGAAUGAAAUUGGAUGCGGAAAAGAAGAAGCGAGAAACAUUGAGAAUGGAAUUAGAGGAACAGGCGACGAGAGCUAAAAGAAUUUUGGUUGAACGUGCGAGAGAGGAGAUUAAAAUCGAUGAGGCCUUGAACGAUCUUGCGAAGGAAGAAUUGGAGAAAGAGAAGGCCGCCAUCAAGGAAACUUCGGCGGUAUUGCGUCGAGAACUUCUCGCUUACUUGAAGUAUCUCGAAGAGUUGCGCGAGGAGGAAGCCAGGAGGAAUUUAGAAGUGGACAGGAUAGUAGAAGAAUCGAUGAAGGACGCUCAGACGAGAAGAGAUCUUGCAGUUAAGAGAUUCAAGGAGAUGCGAGAACGAAAUCUACGCGAGGUCCUUCUUUGUAGGGAGGAACAAUUGAGGAGAAAGAGGGAGAUGGACGAGAGGAAUAAACGAUUGCUCGAGGAAGAGAAAAUCAUUAUGGAGAAAGAGAUCGAGACUAAUGCGAGAUUGUGCGCGAUUGCUAAAGAGGAAGAGAAAAGGAAGAUGAUAUCUUAUGGGAAGGAAUUGACGGAGCAAAGGAAAUACGUCGAGGUUAUGCGCGCUAGGGAACGCGAGGAGGACGAGAGGAUCUAUCAGGAAGGGCUUAAGAGGGAGAACGAAUAUCGAAAGUUAACCGAGGAGCUGUUGAACGCCUCGGAAAACGUCACGCCGCAUCCGUUCAAGUUACUCCUAAGAGAAUACGACGCUCGUCUCGCUGCCGAGAAACAAGGCCUCUGUUAUUGCCCUCCUCCUUUACCACCCAUCUUACCACCAAUGCAAACCACCGAACCAUCGACAAAGUAAUUUUUCUAAUGACUCUCAAAGCGUCCUCCCUCUUUUCCCUUUCGUGCUUUGCACUUUUACGAUGAUACUAUCGUUGUUUCCUUUCUCCACCCAACCACCUCUACUUCUCCCCCCUCCUCCCCCCCGCCACACACCGCCGCCGCCCUCUUUGCCAUUUGCCACGAUGCAACCAACGAAUUACGCGAUAAAGCGAUGUAAUUUUAGUCUUUUAUUACACCCCUGUCUCUCUUUGUCCCUUUCUUUCGACUCUCUAGGAGCAUUCUUUUAUACCGCGAAAGGAGUUCCUUCUAACGAGGGAUAAUACGUCUACCUGAUCGCGUCACUGGAAUUCCUAUUUUGCCAGACCAAUGGAAUUCCUCGUUCUCUCUUUACAUUUGUUUAUUUUUUCUCUUGUUUUU